AUGAACGAACCGCCUUCUACUCGGGGUUCGCCUUCGAAACAACUUGCGGCGUUCACCCCCACAGGGCUGGAUGCCAUGAACCGUCGUGGAAAUUCUGUCUCCUUCUCUGGCACUGCCUCUUUGCGCCCAACCAAUGACCCGUUCGCCGGUUGGCCCGGUUCAGUUGGUGGCGUUCCAAGUACCGGUGUUAGUGAUUACUUUGCCUCGCAGGCCACCCCUGCUGGCAUUACUCCAGGAUUGAUUCAAGCCGCUUCGAAUAUUCUUGCUUCUCCCGAUCGAGUUUCCGGUGCCCAGCAUCAGGGAUCCCUUGAUCAUCAUGGAUAUCCAACCAUUUCACCCCGGCUUACUCCUUCCAAUGCUCCUGGUCGCUUGCAGUACCCAUUGUCUGGCUCUCAGACUGGACCUUCAUUGGAUCAGUAUCAGUACUCGCCUACCCGUGCUCAGGCUGCCCUCUCGCAGUCUCAGUAUCCCUUGUCGCCCGAUCUCAUUGGCUCUGGCUCUGGCAAUCUCUCGAUUGAUUCUCAUGCUCGUUACUCGCCCUCGCGGGAGGGAGGUACUAUUCCAUACAGCCCCGAGCAGAGCUUCCUGAACCAGAUGGUUGCUGAACUGGAAGGCCGCCAAGCUGCUAAUACCCCUUCCCAUGGAUACAGCAUUGGUCCCGAUGUCCAUACUUCUUCGGUGCAGGCUCCCUCGUCUGGAUUAGCCCAAGCGCCUGAGGCCAGCCAGCUACCCUUGCCAGGUACCCCAAAUCGCGCCUCUCUUGGGAUGCAGCCUCGUCGCAGUCUCAUUGUGGAGGGAGUUCCUCGGGAGACGGAGCAUGCUUCAAUUGUUCACCUAUUCCCUAUUGCCGAAUUUACUUCUCUUGAGGGUAUUUUCCUUAAGCACGUCCAUGAGAACGGUCGAUUUUCUGUCACAUUUGCUGAUAUUCGUGACUGCAUGGAUGCCAUCAAGAAAGUACACAAGGACUGUUCCAUGUGGCAUGUCAGAUAUGCAACUAUUCAUGAAAUUGCCGCCGCUGGUCUUCUUUCUCCGUUUGCAACUACUCUGAAUCGAGAAGAUGGUCACAUUGUGGUCUCGGUGUACAUUGACCCACGCCAGCAAGACCGCCAAUUUUUCGAGAAUACUGAUCAGUUCGUCGAUCAUGUCAUCUCGACUUUCGGUCACCGUCGGAGCUGUUAUCGAAUCAGUGUGGAUGGUGCAAGUGUGCUGGAAUACCGGGUUGAAUAUUUCAAUAUUCAUAAUGCCGCUCAUGCAUUGUCUAGUCUUGAUAAUCUUCUUCUUGAUUUUAUGCGAUUUGAUGUUACCGUUCGCAACCAGGAUGAUGCUGGCUCGCGUUACCGAACUCGAACUCCAAACAUGAGUUCCCCUGUUAGUCCAGUUACUCCUUACCAAGCUUCUCCAACUUCACCUAGUCUUGGGGAACUUCCAUCUCCCAUCAUCGAUGAUCAGACUAGUGCUGAACAUACCAUUGAUAUCGGCAAGAUUCAAUGUGGAGAAGAUCUUCGGACCACUGACCAGUUGAAAGAUAUUCUAGACGAAUCUAGCUUUGGCAAAUAUGAUUUCAUUUAUCUGCGAAUGGACUUUGUUCACCGUUGCAACGUCGGCUAUGCUUUUGUUAACUUCCACGAUCCCAUUAGUAUCGUCGACUUGGUGAUGGCUCGUCAGGGACUGACUUGGCCGAAUUGCAUUUCGGAGAAGCGGGCUGAAAUUUCUUACGCCACUCAACAGGGAAGGGACGUCUUGAUCAACAAGUUCCGGAACAGCAAUGUGAUGACCCGCCCUCAUGAUGAACGUCCCCAUUUGUACCACACCGAAGGUCCCCGUAUCGGAUUGGAAGCUCCGUUCCCAGGACCCAACGACGCUAGCAAGCUUCGUCGCUCUGUGGCCAGCACCAACCAGCAAGGUCUUUUCGCGCCUCGCACACGCAGUGGAAACUCACCCCAAGCGGUUCGCAAUCGUUCUCGAACAAUUUCUACAUCGAACAUUGGUCAGUCAGGCCGGGCUUCUACUCGGACUCCCCGUCAUUCGAAUGCACGAUCCCUAAACUCCCCUCCUGGAGACCCCUCUUCGCCCAUGCAGCUCGAGGUUGCUCGCCGUUUCUCCCAGAGCGAGCGGAACCGCAAUGAGCGCAACUAG